AUGUCCUUCCCUAUGGACACCAAAAAGAACCCGGACUUAGCCCUCGACGAAGACAAUGUCUCGUCUGCUGAAGGGCAAGUCGACACGGCGUACAACCGGAUGCCUGACUCCCUUCAGAGUCUCAGUGACGAUGAGUUCAAAGCCCUCAACAAAAGGAUUGUCCGCAAGGUUGACCUUUUUGUCCUCCCUACCAUCGGUAUCCUGUACAUUUUGAACUACAUCGAUCGCCAGAACUUGGCUGCGGCCAAGCUCCAGGGCAUCAUGGAAGACUUGAACAUGUCCACUGAGCAAUUUGCCACGGCCGUAUCUAUCCUCUUCGUCGGUUAUCUCCCCUUUCAAAUUCCCAGCAACCUCCUCAUCACCAAGUUUUCACGACCGGGCAUGUAUAUUUGUGUCGCCGUGGCGAUCUGGGGUUGUAUAUCGGCGUGCACUGCGGUUGUCAAGACUUACGGUCAACUUCUUGCUGUAAGAGCUGUCCUAGGUGCUGCUGAGGCCGUAUUCUUUCCCGGUGCCAUCUACUACCUCUCGGCUUGGUACACAAAGAUGGAGCUGGGGAAGCGUAUUGCUGGUCUCUACAUUGCUCAACAAGUCGGAAAUGCCUUCGGUGGUCUUUUCGCCGCAGCUAUCCUCCAACUUGAUGGACACUACGGUAUUCGCGGUUGGCAAUGGUUGUUUAUUAUUGAGGGAAGUGCCACCGUCGGCAUCGGCAUCAUUUGUGCCUGUAUCAUGCCUGAAUUUCCCCACAACAGCCGCAUCCUCUCCCAGAUUGAACGUGACUGUGCUGUGUGGCGUAUUGAGUCCGAGGCCGGUGCAGCAGAGGGAACAGAGAACGAGAGCGUAUUGAAAGGCUUUGCCAAAGCGCUUGCUGAUCCAAAGUUAAUCCUUCUCAUCUUCUGUAACAUGCUGUCCCAGACACAAGGCUCCAUUGCCAACUACUUCCCUACCCUCGUCAGCUCCCUCAACUUCUCCAGCACCAUCAGCCUGCUGCUCACCGCACCCCCAUACAUCCUCGCCGGUAUCGUCUACUACGGCCUUAUGUUCUACUCCGAUCGCAAGAACACCGUCUACCCAAUCAUCCUCAUCUGCAUUGCCAUCUCGAUCGUUAUGUACAUCAUUCCGAUGGCAACCACCAACGUCGGUGCCAGAUACUUCUCCAUGAUGAUCCUUCCUUUCGCCUCCGUCGGCCCUCAACUGCUCCUAUACAAGACAAUCAACCUACACUUGGCUCGACCUGUCUCCAAGCGAGCAGCGGCCUCUGCCUUGGUCAAUGCCAUUGGUGGCACAUCCAAUAUCUGGGCCUCAUAUCUCUACUUCGGUGAACCUCACUUCUUCGCUGCCUUUGGCACUUUGAUGGGUGCUGCUAUAUUGUUUGGAUUCACAAUCACCGCGUACCGCUGGCUCGUACUGCGCGAGAACAGGCGCCUGGACUCGGGAGACCCAGCGCAAAUCGCUUUGGUUAAAAAGGGUGGUGUCACUGAUGAAAUGAUCCAGCUUAACUGGCGCUAUGAGAUGUUCUAA